UUCACACGACUCUAAAGAACAAACGAAAAGGAAUAAGAGCCAUGCAAUGCGUUUACAGCAAAUUGUUCAUAUUAUUCAAGUUUAUUCUUAUUAAAUGCCUAAUGUUGUUCCUACGUCUUCAAACGGUUGUCUGUGGUACGAUAAAGGACCUGCCCCGGGCAAUGUCUAUACUUGAGGAAAUAUAGCUCGAUAGAUCAACUGUUAGUGUUGGUUGAUCCCGAUUCUAACGACUUGCAUAAAUGCAUUUAUUUAACAGAUGUCGUUUUUGAACUUAGAAAUAUUUCGAAAUUUCCGUUGUCAAGGAAGUUGAGAUGCAACUCUCGCGAUAAUUUGUUUUUCAAGCUGUUUAUGACCCAGAUUAAAUGGCUACCAAAGUGCAGGUUUUACACGUUGGGGCAUAAAUUGCUGAUUGGUGAUAGAUAAGACUUUUGCGUAUUCUAAUAGCGCUUCAUAGUAGAGUAAAUGACACGCACGUUUUGCUGAGAGUCGCUUAGUACACUCGGCAACGAGAAAACGAUGUCCAUUUUAACCAAGAGAACAAGUUAACGUUAGCAUUCAAGUCACAGACGAGACUCAGGGGAUAGCUGAGGACUUCCGUUAGCAACAGUAGCAGGUACCGUAGCAACAGCGGACGCUUGUUUGUUUCAUCGUUACAGCUAACGGAGAGUGCAAACGGCUGCUUUACAUAGUUUACGGUGAUCAACAGAACGAACAUCCACCAUGAGACUGAAAACGUCGCUCCUAAAGGAAUCCAAACAUAAAGAACUUGUGAGCUGCGUUGGCUGGACCACAGCAGAUGAGCUGUACUCGUGCAGUGAGGAUCAUCAGAUUCUCAAGUGGAACCUGCUGACCAGUGAGACCAGUCUGAUUGUCAAACUGCCAGAGGAAAUUUACCCUACUGACCUACACUGGUUCCCCAAAACUGUUGGUGUGAAGAAACAGGCCCAGGCUGAAAUCUUUGUUCUUACCAGCACAGAUGGAAAGUUCCACUUAACCUCAAAGAUGGGUCGCAUUGAGAAGAGUGUUGAGGCGCACAAAGGAGCUGUUUUGGCUGGAAGAUGGAACUAUGAUGGGACUGCUCUUAUCACUGCGGGAGAAGAUGGGCAGAUUAAAAUCUGGUCAAAAAGUGGGAUGCUACGCUCAACACUAGCCAGCCAAGGAUCUCCUGUAUAUUCUGUGGCCUGGGGUCCGGACUCGGACAGAAUUCUCUACACUUCAGGAAGACAGCUAGUUAUCAAGCCUUUACAGCCCAGCGCCAAAAUCAUACAGUGGAAGGCUCAUGAUGGGGUCAUUCUGAAGGUAGACUGGAAUUCAGUCAAUGACCUUAUCCUGUCAGGUGGAGAAGAUUGUAAAUAUAAGGUAUGGGACAGCUUUGGACAUCUGCUUCACUGCUCAUUGUCCCAUGACUACCCAGUCACAUCUUUGUCCUGGGCUCCAGAUGGCGAGGUGUUUGCUGUGGGCUCUUUCAACACCCUGCGGCUCUGUGAUAAGACUGGAUGGUCCUAUGCGUUGGAGAAGCCCAACACAGGAAGUGUUUUCAGCUUGGCCUGGUCUGCGGAUGGCACCCAGCUGGCCGGGGCCUGCGGCAACGGGCAUGUCAUCUUUGCCCAUGUGGUGGAGCAGCACUGGGAGUGGAAGAAUUUUGUGAUCACUCUUACAAAGAGGAGAACCAUGCAGGUGAGGAAUGUGCUGAACGAUGCAGUGGACUUGUUGGAGUUUAGAGAUCGAGUCAUCAAAGCAUCUCUAGCAUACGGUCACCUAGUGGUUGCAACUUCCCUCCAGUGCUAUGUCUACAACUCAAGAAACUGGAAUACUCCUCUCAUCUUUGACCUAAAGGAGGGAACAGUCAGCCUCAUCCUACAAGCAGAGAAACAUUUUCUACUAGUGGAUGGAGCAGGGUUGUAUACGUUCUCCUAUGAAGGACGAUUGAUAUCGUCCCCAAAGUUCCCGGGUAUGAGAGCAGAUAUCCUGAAUGCUCAGAGUGUCUCACUUAGUAACGACACCAUAGCCAUUCGGGACAAGAGUGAUGAAAAAGUUAUCCUUCUCUUUGAUGCCCUGACUGGAAAGGCUCUUGGUGAUGGGAAGCCCUUGACUCACAAGCAGGAGGUGUUGGAGAUAGCUCUGGAUCAGUGUGGCCCAUCUACUGACAGGAAAAUUGCCCUGAUAGACAAGAACCGUGACCUUUAUUUGACCACCGUGCGUCAUCUUGGACAAGAACCCAAAAUCUGCAAAAUUGGUAGCAUGGUUCAUAGUAUGGCCUGGAAUGAUGCUGCUAACAUCCUGUGUGGAAUCCAAGACAACCAGCUCACAGUGUGGUACUACCCAAGUGUUGUCUUCACUGACAAGGAAUUAUUACCGAAGACACUGUACAUAAAGGAUGGCAGUGAGUUCAGACGUGCACCCCAAGUUCUAAACUACAUUGGCACCAAAGUGACAUUACGCCAAGGAGAUGGUUCAUUGGUGUACAGCAGUGUACUACCCUUUCCUGCCCUCCUGCAUGAAUACAGCAUCUCUGCACGCUGGGAGGAUGCACUGCGCCUCUGCUGCUAUGCAAAAGACCAAUCUUUGUGGGCAUGUCUUGCUGGCAUGGCAAUGGCAAACAGAGAGCUGACUACUGCAGAGAUGGCUUAUGCUGCCAUCGGAGAGUUACCCAGAGUUCAAUACAUCAACUUUCUAAGGGAGCAGCCAUCUAAGGAGUCAUUGUUGGCCCACAUGCUGCUGUUCAGUGGUCAGGUCCAGGAAGCUGAGGCUGCUUUCUUACAAGCUGGUCUCAUCUACCAGGCCAUACAAGUCAACAUUGACCUUUAUAACUGGGAAAGGGCAUUGGAGCUGGCAGUUAAACACAAGACCCAUGUGGACACUGUGCUGGCCUAUAGGGAGAAGUUUCUACAGAAAUUUGGCAGGAAGGAGACCAAUAAGAGAUUCCUGCAGUACUCUGAAGGGGUUGAAGUGGACUGGGAAAAAAUCCAAGCGAAGAUAGAGAUGGAGUUGUCUAAAGAGAGAGAGCGAGCUGCUAACACCUCUGUGAGGAGCAGUGUGGCCUCACGCCGUUAAUUUUUUAAUUUUUUUUUAAUUUUUUUAAGAGGGUCAUGUCCGCAAUAAGUACAGCAAGUACGAUUACCUUCAUGUAAAAACCAAUACUGAACAAUUUGGAGAUGUAAAUCAUAAGCUGUGAAGUUUGUGAUACCUGACUUACACUACACACAUAGUCUUGUCAAGUUACAUAUAAAGCUUUAAACAAAAUUGUAUAUGACAGUCUGUUACUGUGGGUGGCUGAUAACAGUUUUUUAAGGCUGUCUGUAUUUCUAACCAAAAGACCUGUGGCCUUCCUGUUGUAGUGACUGAUUUUGAGUGAAUCAAGUUUAAAGUUGAUCUGUUUUCAUUUGUUAACGUUAACUAGGCAAACUCAUUCAUUUGUAAAUAUGUAUGAGUGUUGUUUUUGUCAUGUUUCAGUUUGUUUUUUAUAUUAAAAUAUAUUUUUAUAGUUUACACGUUUAAAGUGUUGCCUUGUGGAAACACGAGAAUGUCCAUUAAUAAAGCACGUGAACCAUACUGUAUGUAUUGA